AUGGAUUUUUUGGGUUUGAACACCAGUCUUAUUGGUGCUUACAUGAGCCCACGGUUCUGGGAAGAGGCGAUCGCCUCUAUAGAAGCAAGUAUGCUUGGGUGUGAACUGAUUGAUAUUCCUAUAGUGUCACAUCCUAGGAUUGGCUCGGCCGUACACGAUAUUGUCUGCUUUGGGCCCCCUAUUUGCCCUCACAGUUUUAUUUUUGGGAGCUCACGAGCAACUCCCCAAUGGGUCACUCAUCCUGGGAUUGUUCUAGCCCCAACUCGCUUAACUUCGGAGUUCUCAUGA